AUGAAAUCAUUUCUGUUGUCACAUUUACGACAUAUUUUCUUCUUUAUCUCUUUCUCUUUUUCCUCUCCCCCACAUCUCUCUCUCUCUCUCUCUCUCUCUCUCUGUCUCUCUUGUCGAACGGAGAACUAUAAAACGUAUAUUCUUUCUUUCUUUCUUUCUUUCUUUCUUUCUUUCAAUCUUCUAUCUCUGUUAAUCAAUCAUCAUUUUAGUUUUUUUUUAUCUCUUCUUUUUUAUUCCUAUUGCUUUUCCUUCUUUUUGCUAUUUUCUCUUUUCAUGUCUUUCCUACUUUUAUUCUUCUUUUUUCUUCGUUUCAUUUGUCGUAUUUGUUAUUUUCCUUCUUUAGUCGUUUUGUUGUGUUUUCUUCUUUUCUUUCCUUUACUUUCCAUUUUUUUCUUUCCUUUGGUUUCCGAUGCUUUUCUUUCAUUCUUUUUCGUUUCUUUCAUUCAUUUUCAUGUCUUUCUUUCUUUUUCAUUUAUUUCAUUCUCUUUCAACUCUUCCACUCUUUUUCAUGUCUUUAAUUCUUUUUCAUUUCUUUCAUUCUUUUUCAUUUCUUUCUUUCUCUAUCAUCUCUUUCAUUCUUUUUCAUUUCUUUCAUGCUUUUUCAUCUUUCAUUCUUUUUCAUCUUUCAUUCUUUUUCAUUUCUUUCAUUCUUUUUCAUCUCUUUCAUGCUUUUUCCUCUUUUAUUCUUUUUCAUUUCUUUCAUUCUUUUUCAUUUCUUUCUUUCUCUAUCAUCUCUUUCAUUCUUUUUCAUUUCUUUCAUGCUUUUUCAUCUUUCAUUCUUUUUCAUCUUUCAUUCUUUUUCAUUUCUUUCAUUCUUUUUCAUUUCUUUCUUUCUCUAUCAUCUCUUUCAUUCUUUUUCAUUUCUUUCAUGCUUUUUCAUCUUUCAUUCUUUUUCAUCUUUCAUUCUUUUUCAUUUCUUUCAAUCUUUAUCAUCUCUUUCAUUCAUUUUCUGCUUUUCUUCCUAUUGUCGUUUUCUAUAUUUCUCUUUCUUUUGUGAUCUUUCUUUUUCUAUUUUUUAUUUUGUCGUCUUUAUUUUUCCCAUUUUCUCUCUCAUAUUAUUUUUCUUUUUCUUUCUUUUGCCUUUCUUUUUCUACUUUUCUUUCUUUUAUCGCCUUCAAUUUUCUCUUUUCCUUCCUUCUUUUAUCGUCUUCUUUCCUUUCCUUUCUUUUCUAUUUUUCUCUCCUACAUCUUAAACUUCACCCCCCUCUCUCUCUCUCUCUCUCUCCCUCUCUCUCUCUCUCCCCUCUCUCUCUCUCUCUCUCUCUCUCUCUCUCUCUUAUUUACCACUUUCUUUUAUAUAAUCUCUCCUGUUUUCCUCACCGGACGAAGCGUGUUGAUAAAGAAUAG